UAACACUUACAAGACAGUUGGCAACUUCAAAAGCGGACAGUGAACGAACAUAGGCAUUGAUGACUUCCGUACGUCAACGAAUAAAGGAAAAAUUAAAUUACAUACAUCAUACAUGAAACUGCUACUAUUAUGUUUCACCGUUUCGGUAUGWGAACAAGCGGAAAAUGGUCUUGGUCGAUCCAUUYAGAAUCAUAACAUUCAUAUAACGUACUAGCCGGGAAUGACAAGAGUCAAGAUUUGAUAUCGCUCGGUUCGGCACAAAUAAUGCAUCUUGGUGAUGGCGCUCUAUGGCAUAAUACCAAGAUAUAACAUGAUGGACAUGAAUGAGAAUAUGAGAUUUGUGUGAUUACACGGUUAUGGGCAAUKAAUAAGUGUCAAUAGACUGUGAUAAAGUAAUAAAUAACAAUAUAAAUAAUGUGCUACAUUGUUAUCAUUAAUAAUAAUUAGUGGAAAUUCAAAUAAUAGUUUUCUCUCUUGUUAUCCGUGUCGCACACACUGUUCACCGAUCCGCGAGCGCAAAUAUUAAAUAAUAAUUAUUACAAUAUCAUUCCGUUUGUCGUCGUAUUUGAUUUGAACGGUGUCUGCCGAGUGUACUAGUACUAUUGUCGUUUCUCUGCGUCGAUUGUUUCUUCAAAAUGAUUUCGAUUGGGUUCCAGACGGUUGUCUACCUGAUGUAUACGGCAGUGUUCAUCGUAUCACUGGUCGGCAACGGGCUAGUAUGCUAUGUGGUCAUGUCUUCAACGCAUAUGCAAUCGGCCACCAACAUGUUCAUUGUGAACAUGGCCGUCGGUGACUUGGUCAUGACUCUGUUCUGUGUUCCCUUUCCGUUCGUCGCCUCAUUCUUAUUGAAGUAUUGGCCGCUGGAAAACUACUUGUGCCAAACCUUCACAUUCGGCAAAAUCGUCGCAGUGAUGGUGAGUGCAUAUACUUURGUAGCCAUCAGCGUCAAUAGGUAUAUAGCAAUUAUGUGGCCACUGAAACAAAGAACAAGAAAGCACCAGGCUAAAUACAUAAUAGCAAUAGUUUGGACAAUGUCAAUUAUUACAUCGUUUCCUUUUUUACUUGCUACUUCGUUAGAUCAGAGAUAUGAAAUUUACUUUUGCUCUGACAAAUGGCCAAGUGAAUACUUCCGGCGGCUCUUUAAUGCAGCAUUAUUUAUACUGCAAUGCUGUAUUCCAUUUGCAGUCCUGUUGUUUACUAAUAUUCACAUUGGGAUUGUCGUGUGGGGUAAACUACCUCCCGGCGAGGCACAAAACUCCAGAGAUAUUAAGAUGGCCAAGUCAAUAAGAAAAAUGAUAAAAAUGAUGACAACCGUGGUCAUAGCAUUCAUCGUUUGUUGGCUACCAUAUGAUAUCCUAUUG